AUGCAGCUCAAGCGAAAUGUGCACCAGUUCAGUCAUAGCCGUAGCUUGGAGCCCGGAGAGCAACUACGAUUGGCAGCAUCGACACCCCUACUAGAGGCCGUUGUCUUUUCUGAAUCAGAAUUCGAUACAGCUACGGAAGGAGAUGAGGAUGACGAUUAUGCAUAUGGUGGAUCAGAUGCAGGAACUAUAGUUAUAAAGCUCCAAACAACUGUUCAGGAACAGAAAUUACGGGAAGAGGAGGAGGUUAGAAGACAAGAGGAUGCUACCAAAAGACAAGAGGCAGAGGAGGCCAACCGCCGAAAAGAGGAAGCCAACAGGCUAGAAGAAAUGGCUAGACAAGAGGAGCUUGCUAGACAAGAGGCGGAAAAUAAUGCGGAUGAAAGUGAAGACGAAGAGCUACCUCAGCAUCCGAUCAUUGGCAAAGAAGGACGGAAGCCUACACCCUGGCCAACACCCCGGGUCAAUUCCUAUGCGUCAUCUUUAGACAUAGAUAGAAGAGCUGAAACGGGCUCCCCGCUUAGUGAAGACGGGGAUCUGGAGUUUCACGAUGCUCUAUCAUCUCCUCUUGCUUCUCCUAUAAUCACGCCUCGCGAAGAGGAACUGGCACUGCCAAAUCUGACACCCCAGGUCACACCUAAAAAAAAGAGUGAAUUCGUGAUCUCGUUUGGUCCCACACCAACACGCUCCAACCCUGGGGAUCCAUCGCCAUCGACCAACUCAGUGCUUCCGCAACUCCCCCAGAAUCCAUCUCCACCUGGACCACCGGUAUUAAAUAUUAUUCCUGCAACCCCCAUGCCACUCAUGUCGCCUAGCGCUAUGCAGGAGAAACAGCUAGGUCACUCAAUGCCGCUUCUGGAGCGAAGAUCAACAGAAAUUCCCACACUUAUCACUACCUCACCGACUCUUCCCCUUGCGGCCCCGCUUGUACCACCAAGACUUAAGAAAGCUCAACGUCCAUCGCUACUUUCCCAGCCGAAACGUAUGCGGGAAUCCAAAUUGCACCCCUGGUGGCGCCCUCGUAUUGAGAAUGCUGAGGAUGAAGGAUUGUCUCGAUCAUUCACUACACAAACACAGGCUUCUGAGUACUCGGUUUCUAACAGUGGUGUGCCUGGGAAGCCUGAUGGGAAACGUGGGGAAGAGUUACAAAGAAGAUUAAGGGAACAAAAUUUCAAAUUGAAUUUAUUGGCCUGGGGACUCUGA